UUUUUUUUCUACUACUUAGCUCAGUCAAAUCCCAAUCCAUCCCAUUCACCAUGGUCAAGUUUGCCGUCUCGCACAACGCGUUGCUUGUGAUUGGGAUGCUGCUCACGGGCUCCAUCAACACGCUCUCCAAGAAGGCCCAAAACCAAGUCUCGUCGGAGGGCAUCGAUGGCACAGUGCGCACCUUCUCCAAACCAUGGCUGCAGACCUUCUUCAUGUUCAUCGGUGAAUCACUGUGCCUGAUUGGACUCUACGUCCAACGCCGCCGCGAGACAGCUGCACGGCUUCAGAUGCUGUCGGCGUCCGUCAACCAAGACCCGUUCGCGUCAAGUUACGCGUCGCCCGACCCGGCAAGCAGCUCGCUUCUGCCACGGACAGCGGCAAGCAAGAACGCCGAUGUGGACACGAGCAAGCACGUCGAUCGAAUUACGCACAAGCGGACGUGGCGGCAGGUGCUCAUCUUUCUCAUCCCGACCUGCUUUGAUCUCACUGGCACGACCCUCGCCGGCAUUGCAUUGCUGUACUGCGCCGCUUCCGUGUGGCAAAUCAUGCGCGGGAGCAUUAUCAUUUUCAGUGCUGUGCUUUCCGUGCUCUUCCUGAAGCGCACGCUGGGCCCGCACAAGUGGACGGGCCUGUUCAUUGUGUUUUGCGGUCUGGCGAUGGUCGGCGUCGCCUCUGUGCUUGCUGACAGUGGCGAUGACAGCCACCCGACGUCCGAGGUCGUCCUUGGCAUUGCUCUCAACCUUGCUGGCCAGCUCUGCUCGGCCGGCCAAGUCGUUGUCGAAGAAAAGCUCAUCAAGGCCGCAAACUACCCUCCAAUGGAAGUGGUGGGCCGCGAGGGCCUCUUUGGUGCCCUCAUCUCCAUGUUUGUUGCGCUGCCUAUCGUCUACUUUAUUCCCGGCAGCCAACCCUCGGAAGUUGGCAGCCACGGCUCCUACGAAAAUGCCCUGGACGGCUUUGUCCAAAUGUACCACAGCGGGGCUUUGAUUGCAUUCGUCGUCGUGUACGUGUUUUCGAUUGCAUUCUACAACUUUUUCGGGCUCGCCGUCACCAAGGCCAUGACGGCCGUUCAUCGGACGUUGAUUGACGCCUGUCGCACCGUGCUGGUCUGGCUCGUUGGUCUGGUCAUUUACUACGGCAUCACCGACAGCCUCGGCGAGCAAUGGACGAACUAUUCCCCACUUGAAGUGGCCGGAUUCCUGACACUGGUAUUUGGAACGCUGGUCUACAACAAUAUUGUCAAACUACCUGGAUUCAAGCACGAUGUACCACCACCGACAUGCAGCGAAACCCAACCGUUGCUCAGUCCGAAUCUGAAUGCGGGCAACCCUCAAGUUGUUUGAUGAAUACAAAGUCACG